AUGGCCCAGAGCCCAGCUCCAUGGGCAUCCAGACUCCCCGGCCAGCCAGCCAUGGACAUCAACGCGUCGUCCGCCCCGGCGGGGGGCAACGCCACCUCGGAGCUGGGGGGCGGCGCCUGGAGGAGCCGGGAGCCCUUCUCCAUCUUCAGCAUCCUCAUCCUCACCCUGCUGGUCCUCCUGACCAUCGCCACCUUCCUCUGGAACCUGCUGGUGCUGGUGACCAUCCUGCGGGUCAAGACCUUCCACCGGGUGCCCCACAACUUGGUGGCCUCCACCGCCGUGUCCGACGUGCUGGUGGCGGCGCUGGUCAUGCCCCUGAGCCUGGUGAAGGAGCUGUCGGCCGGGCGGCGCUGGCGGCUGGGCCGGGCGCUGUGCCACGUGUGGAUCUCCUUCGACGUGCUGUGCUGCACGGCCAGCAUCUGGAACGUGACGGCCAUCGCCCUGGACCGCUACUGGUCCAUCACCCGCCACCUGGAGUACACCCUGCGCGCCCGCCGCCGCAUCUCCAACGUCAUGAUCGGCCUCACCUGGGCGCUCUCCGCCGUCAUCUCCCUGGCGCCCCUCUCCGGCUGGGGCGAGACCUACAGCCCGGCGCAGCAGCGCUGCCAGGUCAGCCAGGAGCCCUCCUACACCGUCUUCUCCACCUGCGGCGCCUUCUACCUGCCGCUCUGCGUCGUGCUCUUCGUCUACUGGAAGAUCUACAAGGCGGCCCGGUUCCGGAUCGGCGGGCGCCGGAGGAACGCGGUCCUGCCGCUGCCGGAGAGGGGCCAGGUGAAAGAAGCUUCCCAUGAACCACAGAUGGUGUUUACAGCUCGCCACGCGACUAUCACUUUCCAGACAGAUGGAGAAACAUGGAGGGAACAGAAAGAGAAAAAAGCAGCUCUGAUGGUUGGCAUUUUAAUUGGAGUUUUUGUACUUUGCUGGAUACCUUUCUUUAUCACAGAAUUAAUAAGCCCCCUCUGUUCCUGCAACAUUCCACCGGUCUGGAAAAGCAUCUUUCUCUGGCUUGGCUACUCCAAUUCUUUCUUUAAUCCUCUUAUUUAUACAGCAUUUAACAAAAAUUACAACAAUGCCUUCAAAACCCUUUUUGUAAGGCAGAGAUAA